GGUAGAGAGUGGGCGGCGCUGCCCCGCUCCCUUCGCCGUCCCCUGGCUCUCGGGCCAUGGCUCCUGCGCCUCCGCUGGCGGGAGCGUCUCGGGCGAGCCGUCGGUGCGAGGCUGCCUAGGAUGAACGCUCUGGAGGGGCAGCAGCCCCCCAGCGCCCACGACCUGCUGGACGUGGCCGCCGUCUACUGCGACAACCUGAGCCUCUUCCCGCCCCCUCAGAGACCCCCGGGGGCCCACCCCGCCGGCUACAGUCUGGGGGAAGCGGGAGGCGGCAGCCCGUACCUGUGGCUCAACGGCUCGGCCGUGCCGCCCAGCCCUUACCUGGCCGCCGGGCCCAAUGGAGCCGCCGCCGCCGCCGCCUCCUUCCUGCCCUCGGCCUACGGCGCAGCCGGCGCCCGGCAGCUGCUGGGCGCGCCGUCGGCGGGGCCCGAGCUCAGCUGGCUGUCUCUGGCCGGCCAGCAGGACUUCUUCAAGCUGGUGCGCCCGCCCUACUCCUACUCGGCGCUCAUCGCCAUGGCCAUCCAGAGCGCGCCCGACAAGAAGCUCACCUUGAGCCAGAUCUACCAGUACGUGGCCGGCAACUUCCCCUUCUACAAGAGGAGCAAAGCCGGCUGGCAGAACUCCAUCCGGCACAACCUCUCGCUCAACGACUGCUUCAAGAAGGUGCCCAGGAACGAGGACGACCCAGGUAAAGGCAAUUAUUGGACCUUGGAUCCUAACUGUGAGAAGAUGUUUGAUAAUGGCAACUUCAGGCGGAAGAGGAAAAGGCGAUCUGACCUAGCGAAUGGGCCUGGAGUCCCUAACAAAGUGGAAGACAAGAGCAAGAGCUGUCUUGCCCAACAAUCCCCAGACUUGGGCUCUGCUGAACUGCCCUGCUCUCCAAGUCCUAUGAACCACUGCAAAUCCUCCAGCCUGAAUUCCAGCCGUUGUUUGUCUACGUUCGUCUCCACCAUGAAUGCUGUGGCCCAUGGCAGAAACGGCUUCCCCAGGCAGCUUUCCGGAGGGUUGGGGGGCGAACUCACAUCUGAGAGGCAGAAUGGGCCUGGGUUGAGCUCUUGCUCCGUCUCCAACAGCAACCCAGUUUCAGGAUUCGAACUCAAUCCUCAGUCCCACUCCAAGAUGAAUUACUAUGCGAGUGCAGGUGGACAGUCAAACUGGUUCGGCACCCCUGUCCUGGGCACCUUCAGUGUGAACAAUCUGAUUUAUAGCAGAGAAGGGACAGAAGUUUAGAAUGAUGGUCAAAUAGCCUUUGUUUGAAGUAAACACCAUAAG